AAUUUCACGUUUAAUGUUUAAAUAAUUGAAUCCAAUCAGUAUGACAUUUUUUGAAAUUUUUGUCAUAGUAAAUUUCAUUUUGUCUCUUUUUGCAAUUGGACAAUGUUCCAUACAUAAAAAUUUAAAAAAUUAUGAUAUUCUUCAUACAUCACAUUUUGAACAUAAUAUUAUAAAAAAAGGUGUGCAGUAUAGCUCACACCCAAUGAAUAUCAUAAAAGAAGUAAAAUUCAAGACUUUGGGAAAAGAUUUUCGGCUAAUUCUAAAUCCGCAUAAAGAAGUCAUACACUCAAAAUUUAAAGCUUAUUCUGUGAACGCAGAAGGAGAAGAAACAACUAUUCAUAUAGAUCAUGACAACUUUUUUAAAGGAAGAUUGUUUGGAGAAAUUGACUCUGAUGCCAGGGUGCACAUAGAAAAUGGAUUGGUUACAGCUACUAUUCAUCUGCCUGAUGAAAUUUAUCACAUUGAGCCUUCUUGGAGACAUUUUCAACAUCAUGGAAAUGAGACUAUGAUUGCUUAUCGCCAGUCUGAUGUUUUGUUAAGUUGGGAACACUCUGGACAAAGUUCAAAAACUUGUGGAUAUGUUAGAGAGGGAGCAGAAAAAGAUAAUGAUGACGAAAUCGAGGUUGAAACUUUACAAGAUAACGAAAAUUCGACAAGAAACAAACGCCAAAUAGAUCAAUAUGAGUAUACACCGACGAAGACGAGAUGUCCACUUCUCUUAGUAGCGGAUUAUCGUUUCUUUCAAGAAAUGGGAGCAAGCAAUACAAAGACAACAAUAAACUAUCUUAUAAGUUUAAUCGAUAGAGUGCACAAAAUUUACAAUGAUACAAUAUGGCAAGACAGACAGGAACAGGAUGGCUUCAAGGGAAUGGGUUUUGUAAUCAAAAAAAUUGUUGUUCAUGCUGAACCUACGAGAGUCAAGGGAGGAGAAGCUCAUUACAAUAUGAUUCGAGAAAAAUGGGAUGUGAGAAAUUUGCUUGAGGUAUUUUCUAGAAACGCUGAUAAUGCAAAGUUUUGUCUAGCGCAUUUAUUUACUCAUCAGACAUUUGGCAAUAGCGGUAAAAAUGUGUUGGGCCUUGGAUACAUAGCAUCGUCGAGACUUCGUUCUCCUGGCGGAAUCUGCACUUUCGAAUAUUUCAAGAAUGGCUAUACAUUGUAUCUGAAUUCUGGAUUAAGCAGCAGUAGGAAUCAUUAUGGUCAAAGAGUGAUAACGAGAGAAGCUGAUUUAGUAACAGCCCAUGAGUUUGGUCAUAAUUGGGGGUCGGAACAUGAUCCUGAUAUUCCCGAAUGCUCUCCCUCAGCCAGUCAAGGCGGAAGCUUCUUGAUGUAUACCUAUAGUGUUAGCGGCUACGACGUUAAUAAUAAACGAUUUUCUCCGUGCAGCUUGAGAUCAAUUCGAAAAGUACUUCAGGCUAAAUCCGGUCGUUGUUUUUCGGAACCGGAAGAAAGCUUUUGUGGAAAUUUGCGCGUUGAAGGCGAAGAGCAGUGCGAUGCUGGUUUACUGGGAACGGAAGACAAUGAUAUGUGUUGUGAUAAAAAUUGCAAUCUUCGCAAAGACCCCGUCGCACGUUGCAGUGAUAAAAACUCGCCAUGUUGCCAGAAUUGUCAAUAUAUGCCAGCCGGCGUGAAAUGUCGCGAGGCACAAUACGCCACAUGCGAACAAGAAUCACGUUGCACGGGUACAUCAUCUGAGUGUCCACGUUCUCCUCCCAUGAUGGAUGGUACCGGCUGUUUGGAGCGUGGAAAAUGCCAAAGCGGGAAAUGCAUUCCAUACUGCGAAACACAAGCAUUACAAAGUUGCAUGUGCGAUAUCAUUGGAGACGCUUGUAAACGUUGUUGCAGGAUGAGUAUGAACGAAACAUGUUUUCCUGUUGAUCCACAAGAUAUUUUGCCAGAUGGUACACCUUGUAUUCAAGGCUUUUGUAAUAAGGGACUAUGUGAAAAAACGGUACAAGAUGUUGUUGAACGCUUUUGGGACAUAAUAGAAGAUAUAAACAUAAAUAAAGUGCUACUGUUCUUGAGGGAUAAUAUAGUUGGAACAGUGAUACUAGUCACAGCUUUAAUUUGGCUUCCAGCAAGUUGUGUUGUUACAUAUAUUGACAGAAGAAAACGUAGAAUGGAGGAAAAAGAAUUUGAUUGGAGUCAAAGGCAAGAUCUUGUGCAUCCAUCAGAUCAUAGACGAAUUAUACAAGUUCGCGUUCCAAGACAGAGAGCUAAUAUUACAGGCCAAUAAAACAUCCAAUGGUUCGGAAAAUAUUUUUUAAUGCUGGCAGAUAAAUAUUAGUACAUACUCUAAAUAUGAUUCAAUUUUAAACUCAAAAUCAAGUUUAGUUCUGUGCUAAUUCGAUAUUAUCCUGAUUCACCUUUUGCAAGAAAAAAAUGCCCAUGUGACAAUUUGUUACAAAGUACUUUCAAUAUCCAAUAAAUUUAACAUUUGUAAAUACAAAUUGAUCUAUCAGGUAAUUUUAAAAUAUUGAAUUACCAUUUGAUAAUUAUUCAAGAUACA